GAGCAGACUCUCACAGUCACAGGGAGCUGCGUGGUGCUGCCGUGCGCGAGGGGAACCAACCGCGGAUAUAAAUACAACCCACUCGACUAGCUGCACCAGUCCAGGCUCUCCCCUCCUUGUUGUCACUUGUCCUAGCGGAGCCAACAGGUGUGAUCUCUUGUGUAACAUCCUCGCUGAGUGAGUGAUAGUGGAGAGACUUACCGUUGGAGGCAGUAAAGCAACACUGCCGCCACUAACCGUGCAUUGUGUUGGUGAUAAAUCAUCCAAGAUUGCUCCAAACGGGAAUCAAGCGCUUGCCUGCAUUCCUCUGUGGAUAUUAGAGGAUAUAAAAAAUUGCAUCAGAAGAUCAACGAGCACAAAAGGCGCGGUGAAUAAAAGCAGUGUAGUGUGUAGAGGCCAGAGUUGCAGAGUGAAUAUGAAAGACGACAGAAACUCUAGUCCAAGUGGACCGCUGAGAGUGGCGGUGGUGGGGUCAAGUGAAGUGGGCAAGUCUGCCCUCACCGUCAGAUACCUUACUAAGAGGUUCAUCGGAGAGUACAGAUCAGAUACAGAUAUGCUGUACAAGUGUGUGCUGCAGGUAGACGGGGCGCCUCAACCAGUGGAGAUUAUGGACACCUGGGCCAGCUGUGACGAAUCUUCUGACGCUCACUUACAGUGGGCUGAGGCCUUCAUAGUGGUCUACGCUAUUACUGAUAAAGAAUCCUACAGAUGGGCCGCCAAUACUCUCCAGGAAUUGUCUGGUCGGCGGUCGUCAGCCAGUGUGCUGAUGCUGGGAAACAAGAGUGACUUGGGCCACCUGCGAGAGGUAGAGGAGGUAGAGGCCAGGACGCUAGCUCUCACCCAUGCUGCUCGCUUCUCUGAGGUCUCUACGGCUGAGAGUUGUACCACCGUCUCACAAGUUCUCGAUAAUUUCAUCAAAGAAGUCAAGGCUCAGCGUAACGGUAACCAGAGCGGAGGGUCUCCCAAACUUCGCAAGAUUUCCGUAACCAAAAUGCUUGGAUCUCUGAUUGGCCGUAACUCUCCGCCGCCCAGACCCAUGACUCAUCUCAUCAUUCUGGACAAGGAAGAACGUAACAAGUUGCACAUGCCAAUGAGACGGUUGUGUAGGCCUUGCCUGAGGCCUGCCCACUCUCUACCCUGCUCGCCUCAUACAGCAGUCUGACCACCACUCUCUCUCUCAAACUUCAGUCAUUCCCUCAUUAAGCCAACGUUGAAAUUAUUGAAGCUAAGAUUUUUACUAUCAUACGCUGAGACAUUGUAAACACAGGAUGUAUUUUACCUGCUUGACUAGCAGACACACCAAUGACGUUCAAAAUCAGGUUUCCAAUCGUCCCACACUUAAGAUUAUCCUUAAUUUGCCCCUCCUGGCAUUUAUUCUAUUUUCGGGGGUUUCAGCGCUCUAUUCAAUGCUUUUUGAAACGAUACCAAAGACUUGAGUGUUGUUCUUAUUGUUAACGCGUGCUUGUACACCUACAUCUGUGAUAACAUUUUUUGUACCUAAGCUUCAGAAAGUUUCUAUAUUUUGUAAUAAAACAAAUCUCAAUUA